CCCCUCAAUCUUCUAAAUUCCAGUGAGUAUAAGCCUAGUUGAUCCAGUCUUUCUUCAUAUGAAAGUCCUGCCAUCCCAGGAAUCAAUCUGGUGAACCUUCUCUGUACUCCCUCUAUGGCAAGAAUGUCUUUCCUCAGAUUAGGGGACCAAAAUUGCACACAAUAUUCUAGGUGCGGUCUCACCAAGGCCUUGUACAUCUGCAGUAGAACCUCCCUGCUCCUGUACUCGAAUCCUUUUGCUAUGAAUGCCAACAUACCAUUUGCCUUUUUCACCGCCUGCUGUACCUGCAUGCCCACCUUCAAUGACUGGUGUACAACGACACCCAGGUUUCAUUACACCUCCCCUUUUCCUAAUCAGCCACCAUUCAGGUAAUAAUCUGUUUUCCUGUUCUUGCAACCAAAGUGGAUAAUCUCACAUUUAUCCAUAUUAAAUUGCAUCUGCCAUGAAUUUGCCCACUCACCUAACCUGUCCAAGUCACCCUGCAUCCUCUUGGCAUCCUCCUCACAGCUAACACCACUGCCCAGCUUUGUGUCAUCUGCAAACUUGAAGAUGCUGCAUUUAAUUCCCUCAUCUAAAUCAUUAAUAUAUAUUGUAAACAACUGGGGUCCCAGCACUGAGCCUUGCGCUACCCCACUAGUCACUGCCUGCCAUUCUGAUGUUACGAACCUCGUAACUGGGUCACUUACCAGCAAAGAUUGAGAGGUCCAUUGAAGUCUGAUGGUACUAUUUUUAAAAGUCUUUAUUUAUAAAGGGGCACAAAAAUAAGAUUAACACAGACAUUCAGAUAAUAUACGUCAUCAAUACUCAAUCUAAAAAUGCGGGUAUAAUAAUAAUCAUCAAUUAAGCAAUAGCUCUAUCGUUUGUCUAGGGCAGGGGUCGGCAACCUGCGGCUCCGGAGCCGCAGGCGUCUCUUUCAUCUCUGUACUGCAGCUCCCUGUGGCUUUGGAAAAUAAAUGACGAGUAUUUAAUUAAAAUGUAUUUUAUGUUAGUUUGUUAGUUUUGAAAUGUAAUUCUAAAUUUGAAGAUUAUGGUGAUCUUGUACAAUCUAAAUAAAAUGGGUUUUUGUCGCUAUUAAUAUACGUCACCACUGCCAAUGCCUGACACCCGCCAGUGCACGAUUUCUUUAAUUUUUCGAUCCAAGGUAAGCUAACUAUCGAGAAUUCUAAAAAAAGAAAAGUGACUGAAGAAAACAGAACGUUUAAUGAUACGUGGGCAGAUUCAUUUGCUUUCAAUGCUGACGAGACUGGUUUACCAGUAUGCUUAAUAUGCAAUGAGAAACUAGCAAACAACAAAAAGUCAAAUGUCGCAAGACAUUUCCAGAAUAAACCCGCAGCCUUUGCUCAAAAAUAUCCAGUUUGAGAUGAAAGAAAAACAGCCGUUUCAGAACUGAUGCGGAAGGUUGAUCUGAGCAAAAAUCAUUUGAAGAAGCGGAUGAAGUCUGGAAAAUCAAAUACAUAUGCUCGUCUUGUUGCCGCUCAGGAAAUAGACAGGCACAGGAAGCAGUUUACAGAUGGUGAAUAUAUAAAAGAAUCUUUCAUUAAGAUUUCAGAACAUCUAUUCACUGACUUUAAAAACAAGAGUGAAAUUGUGCAGAAAAUCAGGGAUAUGCCCCUCUCUGCAAAGACUGUCAAAGACAGAACUAUAAAAAUGGCAGAAGACAUCACAAGACAGCAAAUUAAAGACAUCAAUUCAGCUGUGGCCUACUCGAUUGCCUGUGACGAGUCUAAAGACAAAGGUGAUAUUGAACAAAUAGCGCUGUUCUGCCGGUAUGUAAACUCUGCCGAGCCACAGGAAGAAAUAAUUGAGUUGAUACUUCUAAAAGGCCAAACACGGGGGGAGUACAUCUGUGAGGCUGUCUUGAAUUGUUUAAGAGCCAAAGGAAUAAAGACCACCCACCUGGUGUCAGUAGCUACUGAUGGGACACCAAGUAUGACAGGAGCACACAAGGGAUUUGUGGCUUUACUGCAGAAGUCGCUGGACAGAAAGCUGCUGACUUUUCACUGCAUCUUGCACCAAGAGGCACUGUGCGCUCAAACAUUUCCUCCAGAAUGCACAGAAGUAAUUGAUGUUGACAUUCAGAUUGUCAAUAAAAUAAUGGCACAAAGUUUAAAUCACCGUCAAAUCCGUUUGUUACUGGAUGAGCUGGAAAGCGCAUAUUCUGAUCUCCGGCUGCACAACAAAGUCCGGUGGCUGUCAACAGGGGAGGUGCUGAAACACUUUGUCGCGUGUCUGGAAGAAGUGAAAACUUUCCUGGGCAGCAAAGGGCUCACCUUUCCUGAGCUGGAACAGCCAGAGUGGCUGGAAAAGCUACACUUCAUGGUAGACAUGAGAGCGCAGCUGAACACGCUGAACACAGCUCAGGGGAAAGGACGCACAGAAAUUAACCAAGUUGACAGCUGGUUGACGUUAUUUCUGGUUUGCUGCUGGCGGACAAUUUAUGUUCGGCGUUUUUCAUAAAUACAAGAAGGACUCAAAGAGACAUUCAGUAUUUUACUUAAAAGUAACCUUCAACCCAAAGUCUUUUUUUCGGAGUUCAACAGGUUUUUGUUGCAUGCAGAAAUGUAAUUUCGUUUUCUCUGCAGGAGUUCAUCGAUUUCAUAAAUGCAACACAUUAUAGUUUGUUUACACAUAGCAUAAAGGCAAAAAAAUUGUAUGCAGUGUUAUUUCAUUUUUCAUUUUAAAUGUCAAACGGGUUUUGUGGCUCCCAGUGUUUUCUUUUCUGUGGGAAACGGGUCCAAAUGGCUCUUUCAGUGGUAAAGGUUGCCGACCCCUGGUCUAGGGGAUAUUGUGUUGUCCGAUGGAAAGAUAAAAGUCACUGUCCUUUCAAGCUGCAGCUC